AAACGAAAGAGUUUUUUCACUUAAAAUAAAUAAAUAUCUUCCAUUUUUGUCUAAAAAAUAUAUAUAUGUUUUCCAUUUCUCCUUCAGUUCCUCUCCACUACGUCGCCGUCAAACGCCGUUUGAAACAUAUUUGGCAUCGCCUCCAUAGGGCAACUCGUAUCCUGCAAUUUGCAAGCGCACGAUGAAUAUGCGUUAAUGGCGGAAACUAAGUGGAAGAAAAACCGUAAGAAGAAGAAGAAGAAUUCAGUGAAAGUAAAUCGAUGUUAUACCGCAAAUGAAUGGCAAGGAUUUCCACUCGAAAACUCUUUCGCUUCACACACGCUCCCCUCCCUUUGCCCUUCAAAUCCGUUGAUCGUUCUUCCUCUCCAUUCUCCUCUUUUCCAGAACCAGAUCUUUCACUCGACACCACAAAUCCUCCGAGACAUAACCGAAGCCACUCACUUCUUCAAUCAUGUCAAAGCGUAAGAGAAUUACUUCAAAUCCAUGGUCAUUUGAUUACCUCUGGUCUUUUUAACCACCAUUUUUGGGCCAACAGAGUUCUAUUGCAGGCCUCAGAGUUUGGCGACAUCGUUUAUACUGUUUUGAUCUUCAGGUAUAUCAGCGUUCCCAAUACCUUCUGUAUCAAUAGAGUAAUUAAGGCUUAUUCUCUUAGCACGGUUCCUCUAGAGGCUGUAUUUCUGUAUUUUGAAUGGCUUGGUAAUGGGUUUCGGCCAGAUUCGUACACUUUUCUUGCACUUUUUUCCGCUUGUGCGAGUUUUGGCUGUGAGGCUUCUGGCCGUAAGUGCCAUGGACAAGCUUUCAAGAAUGGGGUCGACUCUGUGAUGGUUUUGAGAAAUAGUUUGAUUCAUAUGUAUGGCUGUUGUGGGCAUAUUGAGCUCGGUCGGAAGGUGUUCGACGAAAUGUCGACGUGGGAUUUGGUAUCCUGGAAUUCUAUUGUUACUGCUUAUGCAAGAGUUGGAGAUUUGCAUUCUGCCCAUGACAUGUUUGAUAAAAUGCCUGAGAGAAAUGUUGUGUCUUGGAAUUUGAUGAUUAGCGAGUAUUUGAGAGGUGGGAAUCCGGGCUGUGCAAUGAAGUUGUUUAGGAAUAUGGUGAAUAUAGGAAUCAGAGGGAAUAAUACAACAAUGGUAAAUGUUUUUGGUGCUUGCGGUCGAUCGGCCAGGCUGAAUGAAGGAAGAUCGGUUCACGGUUUUAUGUACCGUAAUCUGAUGAAUUUUUGUGUAUUUAUCGACACGGCAUUGGUUGACAUGUAUAGCAAAUGCCAGAAAGUGUCUAUUGCACGUAGAGUUUUUGACAGGAUGCUGAGUAGAAAUUUGGUUACCUGGAAUGCAAUGGUUUUGGGGCAUUGCCUACAUGGGAAUCCUGAAGAUGGACUUAAGCUGUUUGAGGAAAUGGCUGCCAAAUUAAGAGAAAUAAAUGGGGAAACUGGCAGUGGCAAGGAAUUCAAGCAAUAUGAAGGUAAGCAAAAAGUCUUUCCAGACCAAAUUACAUUUAUUGGUGUUCUAUGUGCUUGCGCCCGAGCAGGACUGUUGGAAGAUGCAAAGAAUUACUUUGAUGAGAUGAUCAAUGUGUUUCUUGUGAGGCCAAAUUUUGCCCACUACUGGUGUUUAGCCAAUGUUUACGUUGCAGCAGGGUUGAUACAGGAGGCUGUAGAAAUACUGAGGAACAUGCCUGAAGAUAACGAGGACUUCUCCUCAGAAUCGGUUGUAUGGAUUAACCUGCUCACUACAUGUCGUUUCGUGGGAGAUGUUUCUUUGGGAGAACAGAUAGCAAAGUAUUUGAUUGACAUGGAACCUAAGAAUGACUCGUACAAUAGAUUGCUUCUCAAUAUUUAUGCUGUAGCAGGGAGAUGGGAGGAUGUUUCUAGAAUAAAAUUAUUGAUGAAAGAAAAAAGACUCGGAACGAUGCCAGGUUGUAGACUAAUAGACCUGAAAGAGAUCGUUCACAGAUUAAAACUGGGAAAUCUUCUGCAAGAAGGGAUGAAGGAGACAAACACAGUGAUGCAUAAACUUGCUAGUGAAGUGAGUCUAUUGUCAAGCAUUGCUGCAGGGCAAUCAGAUUUUGGAGUUUAGAACCAAUUUGCUAUCAAGAAAAAAAUGCGUGUGUUUAAUCUUGUUGCUUGUAGUUCAAGCCCAGGAGGGUCUGUUUCUGUAGUAUGACAAAGAUGAUCGAAACACUAGACUCACAGAUUUAAGCGAUCUCCCAAACAAGUUGUGACCGUAACAGCAUAUUGCUACCUGAAAAAAUGAGCACACAGUCCUGGAGAGUUAUGCUUUUAACAUCAUAUGGUAGCUGAACAGCAGAAAGAGAAGGUUUGUUUUCCCUGCUCUUCAGCUCAUGAUGUUGUGGUUAUGCGGCAGAUUCAUGUUCAAAGCUCUCUCUUCAACCUUGCUGCAUAUGAAGUGAAGGUGGAACAAUAAUAGUUAUUGUAUUUAUUGUUCAUCUGAAUUCAUGAACAAUUUUGACGAGCAAUUGUUCUUGAUCUUAUCUUUCGAUUCGAUCCGGUUUGAAUUCAUUUUGAUCAUCAUGAAAUAACAAGUACUAAAAUUCUCAAAAUAUCAUCAAGCUGUCUAAAUUGAUUUGAUGUUUCUAACUCCAAUUCGUACGAAUCUCAUCAUUCUUCUGGAUCAUUCUGAUUUUUGAAGAAAUUGCAAGUUUCCUGAAAAUGUGUCUUUAGAGAGCAGCGUAGUUGCAGCUGAGCAAGAUGAAACAAAGGAAUGUUGGCUCUUACUAAUUCAACUCACAUGAAUCAAAGGAACAACUUCCUUGAUUUGGAUAACCAAAAAAGGAAAGCAAUUGUCUUCGUAAUUUGCUGUGUACGUCGUGGGAAAACUGGACAUCUCUAUUUAUACACCAAACUGUCUUGCACAAUUCAGAGUCACAAUAUUGAGUUCAAAUCCAUCCUUGAACCAUGAACAUCUGUUAUACAGUCUACACGUGCUUUUUCUAUUUUAUACCAAAGAAAUGUACUACUGAAGAGUAUUUAUAACACUAUGUACAGAGUAUACCAACUUUACACUGGGUUAAUCAAUAAUGAU